AUGAGCUUGAAGCCUGCUUACGCUGUAAAAUCGAACUUCUUAGGCCUCAUUCAUGGAGCCGGAAGCGUGGGCCGAUUGAAGCAGAUCCACGCCCGGCUUCUGAUCUCUGGGGCCGGACGUGACAGGCUAGCCGUGGCGGAGCUCAUCCAGUCGUUGGCGGGAUUCCGGAAUCAGGUGAAUUACGCCUGCCGGAUACUCCAGCAAGUUCCCUUCCAGCUUCGAUCUCCAUUUCUCCUGAAUCUCUUGUUCUCUGGUUCGUCGAUCGGAAGGAAUCCGAGGCUGGUUAUUUCCUUGUAUAAGUGCGCGAUCGGCAGCGGUUUCUUCCCGAACAGGUACACCUUCCCCGUGAUUCUGAGGCAUUGCGCGAAGGAUUUGGCGAUCGGCGAGGCCAGGCAGAUCCACGGAGUCAUCUUCAAGCUAGGGUUCUUCUGCGAUAUCUUCGUGCAGAAUGCCCUUCUCCAUGUGUACGGGUCCUGCGGGAAACCAGAGGACGCCCGCAAUCUGUUCGAUGAAAUGCUCGUUAGAGACGUCGUCUCCUGGACUGGUUUGAUCUCCGGGUAUGUCAAAGGAGGCUUCCUUAACGAGGCUGUGAGCUUGUUUCAGGCCAUGGAUGAGGAGCCGAAUGAAGCAACCCUGGUCAGCAUGCUUGUCGCUUUCGGGAGGCUGGGGCACAUCAACGCAGGAAGGAGAAUCCAUGGCUUCGUCUUGAAACUCAGGUGGGAGAACGGCCUGGUCGUGGGCAAUGCCCUCCUGGACAUGUACGUGAAAUCUGAGAGCCUCGUCGAUGCAAGAAAGCUGUUCAAUGAGUUGCCUCACAGAGAUAUCAUCUCAUGGACCAGUAUUAUAACUGGGUUAGUGCAGUGCAAACAACCGAAGGAAGCUCUAGCGAUCUUCCGCGCCAUGCAGGCUUCCGGGUUGGAGCCCGACAAGGUCACCAUUGCCAGUCUUCUCUCGGCCUGCGCCAGUUUGGGGGCACUGGAGAUAGGCAAAUGGAUCCACGAAUUCAUAGACCGGAGAGGCAUCCUCUGGGAUGUGCAUAUAUCCACGGCCAUGAUCGACAUGUAUGCGAAAUCUGGAUGCAUAGUGAUGGCACUCCACCUGUUUGGGAAAAUGCCGCACAAGAAUAUCUUCUCCUGGAACGCGCUCCUGGGAGGCCUGGCGAUGCAUGGUUUCGGCAGAAGAGUCAUUGACCACUACGAUCAGAUGAUCAAGAGUGGCGUGGCCCCCAACGAGGUGACCUUCAUCGUGCUCCUGGGCGCGUGCUCUCACUCCGGGCUAGUGAGAGAAGGGCGCUUCUUCUUCAACGCCAUGACCGAAGUCUAUGGCCUGUCUCCAAGGAUAGAGCACUACGGCUGCAUGGUGGAUCUCCUCUGCCGAGCGGAGCUCCUGGAAGAAGCCUUCGAUCUGAUCAAGGCCAUGCCGAUGGAGGCCGACGCCCUCAUCUGGUGCUCCAUCUUGGGCGUCUGCAGAGCCCCAGGGGGAAACCAGAUCUCCCGGCAGAUGAUCGUCGACUACAUCGAGGAAUCCUCCCCGGCCGACGGCGGGAUCUACGUGCUUCUCUCCAACCUGUAUGCCGCCGACGACCGGUGGAGGGACGCGACGAGGAUCCGCCGGCUGAUGGGAGAGAGAGGGAUCAUGAAGGAGCCGGGAUCCAGUCUCGUCGCCGUCGGCGGCGCCGUGGAGGAAUUCGGGGCGGGAGGGAACAACCGGCAUCCCGAGAGAGCAGAGAUCCGGCGAGUUCUGGCGGUGCUGCAUAGCCACGGCGCUGCCUGA